UCCUCUGUUCUAGCGGGGGGAGGCGGCGAUGGCCGCGUGGGACGCGGUGGGCCGCGCUCGACGCCGUCGCCUUCUUCGACAUGGGCGCCAACGCCGGGGUCCUCUCCGCGUAGGCGCCCGUGGGCCGCUGAAGCCCCUGCAUCGUCCUCCUCGUCGGCGCCGCGCUCUGCGCCGCCGGGUACCUCCCCAUCGUCCUCCUCGCCGACCCCGAUCCCGCUCGUCUGCCUCUACAUGCUGCUCGCCGCGCAGGCGCAGACCUUCCUAUAGUACGGCCGGUGUCGUCUCCGCCGUCGAGAACUUCCCGACCGCCGCGGCAUCGUGAAGGGUUUUCUGGGCUUUGAGUGGAGCAAUACUGGUCCAGCACUCAUCGGCGGUACAACAAGAAGUUCCUUGAUGCCUUCUCUCUCAUGGCCGUUACUGUUGCUGGGUACCUGAAGGUUGUCAUAAUCUCCGACCAAGUAUUCAUGAUAAGUUCAGCUGGACAGAGUGUUUGCUUCACGAUACUCCUGCUGUUGAUCAUGUCUCCAGCAGUUAUUGUUGCAAGAGCUCAGAAGACGGAACCGAAACAGCGAGAAGAGCCAGCUCUAGCACUGUGCUUGUUGGAUCUGGUCAGGACAUGUCGUCGCACAAAUAAAACCUGAAUGUGGUGCAGGCCAUGUGUAAAAUUGACUUCUGGAUGCUCUUCCUUGCGAUGGCCUGCGGGAUGGGAUCGGGGCUAGCCAAGGUGAACAACGUCAGCCAGAUCAGGGGCUCCCUUAGGCUACACGAUUAGGGAGACCAGCAACCUGGUGUCGCUCUGCAGCAUCUGGAACUUCUCGGGGAGGUUCGGCGCAGGCUACGUCUCCGAUCACUUCCUCCAGUUGCGAGGAGUGGGCAGGCCUUUCUUCAUAGGAGCGACGCUUCUGGUCAUGGAUGUAGGCGACGCCAUCAUCUCCUCCGGUUUCCACGCGUCAGUCUACAUGGGCUCCGGUUUCCAGAGGUGCUUCUAUGACAAGGAGUUGCCACAAGAUCCAUUGUUGCGCGCGGAAGCGAUCCGAACGGAAAGGUCUCCUCUGAAGCCGCGCGCACACAUGCAAGCAGCGGCUCCGCUUCCUCCGGCCGUGCGCGUAAGCCCAUGGCUGACACCUUCCCGAUGCGAUCUACAUCAACACCAUGGGCGGUCAGCAGCCAGCCGCGCGUACGAGUGCGUCGACGGUCGGGACUCUCGCCUCCACGUCUCUCCUCCAUCGAGCGACCUCAUCGACCGCACAAUCAGCCCCAGCCUCCAAGCUACUUCGAUUCGCGGUGCAUGCAUGCACCAACGGAGGAAAGCAAAGCCACAAGCGUCUACAACAAUCCAGCCGGGGCAUCCGUGCGCAUCUAGCGCGCGUGCAAAACGGGAGGGACACGCACCAGGCGAGAUCCCAGGCGCGACAACGCGUACACCAGGAGGGUGUCACGAGCUUGACCUGAUCUGCAUCGAGGACCGCCGUCAACUACAGCCGCGCGACUCCAUCGACUCUGAGGCAUGCACGUUUCGGGCUGCUUCUCCGCGCCACGCACGACCCGCACCGACAGCUUUAAUCGAUCGGAUCUCGAGUCGUCAACUACGCCUCCGAGCGUACACCGAUCGUAGCUACAUCGACUUCUUCUGUUCCGGACUACUUCAACAGCGAUCUGCACCGAGCCAGAUUCCAAACCACGCACAUGGCGGACGUCUAUACACAACCGACCCAGCCUGCAACUAUGUCGGCUACACCGACCUCGAUCCGAGCCUGCAUCAACCUUGCGUCUGCAUCGACCGAACAUCUCGCUGUACGACUAUGCCAGGCUACGAGCCAACAUAUUUCUUCACGGCAUCGACACCCGUCGCCUCGAGGGACACCUCCAAGCGACGCAUCAUUGUCGACGCGCCAUUGCGACGCCGUGGCCGACACUUCAUCGCCAAGGUCUUCAUCAACGUCGACUUCACCAACAUCUUCAUCAACACACCGCCGCCACCUUGUCCACAAGAUGGACACCUAGCGUCCUCUGACAGAAUUUUCUGCAAGACGCGACCACGACGACGGCAACGACCGCGUCACAACGAUGGCAUCGACCGCGUCAUCCACGACGGCACGACUGCAUCGACACGGCGACACUACAGUGACGACCCUACACGGUCACACGGUUCUGGCAAAACCGAUGUGUGCUCGAUGGGCUUCCUUCGGUCUUGGCAAAACCGGUGGACUCAUCACCGAUGGCACCCUCUGACAUCCACAAGGUGCAUCAUCCAUGUCUGCAGCUCUGUCAUAGCGCUUUUUUUUUGCGCCUCCGGCUCUGUGCGGCUUCAUCAUCCACGACGACUACAUCAUCGACCACGACUACAUCGACCACGGCUACAUCACCAUGAUCGGCUACAUCGACAUCAACAUUAAUGGCCUGCUCUACAGCAACACAUCGGCAACAACUCCAGUCAACAGCGUCCGCGUCGUCCACGCCACUCCCGCUGUGACUGCGGGAGGGAAUAGAGGAGAAGGCAGGAAGGCACCAAAAGGGGACGCAGUCACCGACCCAUCAGAGACGCAGUUGAUGAUGGCGCGGCGGAGAAGACGACGAAAGCACAAAAGUUCAAAUUCAGUCGUCAUCGUCCGCUUCACUCCCGCUACGACUGAGGUGGAAUGUUAGAAGUAUAAUUAUGUUUAAGUUAAAGAUUAGGAGUUAGAGAUAGGAUUGGUUUAAACCAUGUACGACUUGUCCCCUACUCCAAGUCUCUCUCCCUCCAUUGUACCUCUAUAUAUAUCCCUACACGGGUCAGAUCAAACAACACAUUA